AUGUCAAUGCACAUAGAUAUUGCGGAGAAGGAGCCUAAGAUGAACAUGGUGAUGCAUAAUAAAAUACAAGAUCUGGACAUUAUUAGUACCAUGCCCGAUGGCGUUAUUUCACACAUCAUGAAUUUUCUGAUUACAAAACAAGCUGUUCAAACUUGUAUCCUAUCCAAAAGAUGGAAGGAUCUUUGGAAGUCUCUUCCUACUUUCAAAAUUAGUCGUGAACACUUUGGAAGUGCAGAACAAUUCAAGAAAUUUGUGUCUAAGGUUUUACAAAACCGCGAAGAGUCUAGUCUGCAUAGUGUUGUUGUUGAGCAUCAAGGGUAUAUUCCCUCCAACAUUUUGAGCAAGAUGACCAAUAUUGCACUAUCAAAAAAGGUAGAGAAAUUCAUUGUCGGAACCUUCCUUCGUGAUCAGAAAAGUAAUAUGCUACCUUUUCACUCAAUAUUUUUCCUUCGUUCCCUGAAAUGUCUUGACCUUACAUUUCAUACAAAUGGAUCGACGAAGGUGAAGCUUCCAGAAACUAUAUACCUUCCAGAGUUAGUAGAGUGUCAUUUAAGAGAUGUUGCAAUUACUUCAAGUGGUGGCAAUGAUUGUGUUAACCCCUUCAUAGAAUCUAAGAAGCUUAUUACUUUAGUCAUGGACCAUUGCGAGCUAAUAGGGGAUGCAAAAAUGGUUUUUAUAUCUGGUGAUAACCUUGCUAGUGUAACCAUUAGGUUUCGCGAGUUCGAUGGUAACUUUUUUAAAUUCCAGAUAUCUGCUCCAAAUUUAAAAGCGUUCAAUUUUGCGGGUUAUCUUGCUUCUAAAAAUAAUCAAAUUUUUGAGCAUAACUUGGAAUUUAUUGAAGUAUCAAGCAUCACUGCCUAUAGCACUCUAUAUUCUCCGGAAGAUCUGGAUAUUUUGAAGAAUUGGUUCAAAAGGAUUAGUAAUGUACGCUCAUUGAUACUUUCUUCGAUGGUUCUUAAGUGUGUUUCUUCAUUCACCAAUUUUCCCAAUGUAGAAUCAAGUGGUUUUGGUAAUUUGAAGUCCUUGACAGUGAUACUUCAGAAAGGAGUACCUAUUACUUGUUUGUACUCAAUCAUCAUGGAUUAUUUACUUCAAGACUCUCCACAUGCAGAAAUCAUUCAAGGGUCUGUAGCUUUACCUGGCUUAAGCCAGAAAGUCACUGUCAAUUCAACAGGAUCUGUAGCUUUCUCUGGCUUAAGCCAGAAACUCUCUGCCAAUUCAACAAGAUUUCUGGCUUUCUUUGGCUUAAGCCAGAAACUCUCUGCUAAUUCAACAGAAUUUCUGGCUUUCUCUAGCUUUCUCUAG